AUGAGAUCUAAUCUGGAAAGGAAUUUCACUGCAAAGGAAGUAGAUGUGGCUCUAAAGCAAAUGUCUCCCUUCAAGUCACCUGGACCCGAUGGAUAUAGUGUAGGUUUCUAUCAAGAACAUUGGAAGAUUGUGGGGCAGGAUGUGUCCAGUGCAGUAAUGGAGUUUCUAAAUUCAGGGGUAAUGCCAUGGAGUUUGAACCAUACCCAUCUAGUCCUUAUUCCUAAGGCUCAUCACAGACAAUAUAAUGGUGGCAUUCGAGCUGUUACACACCAUGCAUUCAAAAAGAAAGGAAGGGAGGGUUCUAUGGCAAUUAAGUUAGACAUGUCAAAAGCCUAUGAUAGGGUGGAGUGGAAUUUUUUAGAGGCCAUCCUGAUUAAGUUGGGUUUCGGCAUAAAGUGGACUAAUCUUCUGAUGAACUGUGUCAGAACAGUCACUUACUCCACCAUUUUGAAUGGCAUCCCAGGAGAGAGAGACAUCAUCAAGGGGGUUGCAGUAUCAAGGAAUGGCAUCAGAAUAAACCACCUUCUUUUUGCCGAUGACUGUGCUAUUUUUUGCAGAGCUAAGUUGGUUGAAUGGUACCAGAUCAAGGGCCUUUUGUCAGUAUAUGAGGAAGCAUCAGGUCAAACACUGAAUAAAGAGAAGACAAGGAAUGAAAUUCUUAUUAAAAGUGUGUUACAAGCCAUCCCAGCCUAUGCCAUGAGUGUGUUCAAGAUGCCUGGAAAGCUACUAAAAGAAAGUGAAGCUAUCAUAGCCAAAUUCUGGUGGAAUCAAAAAGAGGUAGGAAAGGGUAUCCAUUGGAAAUCAUGGAGCAGCAUGGGGACAGUUAAAAACCAAGGUGGGUUAGGUUUCAGGGACUUUAAUAGUUUCAACAGAACCCUCUUAGCAAAGCAACUAUGGAGAAUGAUAAAAGAGCCACUGACCUUAGUCUCAAGAGUUUACAAAGAGAAGUAG